AUGCCAAGUCCUAGGAGCACACUACUACACUUGCUCGAGGAGUUCAAGAACAUUAGAGAGCUUAAGAAAAUUCAUACCCAAAUCAUAAAGUCUCCAUUUUUAUCCACAGAUGACCAAGCUUUCCUCAUUACCCGUCUCCUAUUCUUCUCCGCCAUUUCUGAUUCUGAUUCGGGUUCUCACAGAUACGCUGCUCAUGUCUUUCGGGCCAUAAAGGAUCCGAAUCUCUACGUCUAUAACGUCAUGAUCAGAUCAUAUGCGUGUACAAAAAUCAGUAGUGAGGAUGAAACUCUUUCUUCGUUUGGGUCCUUAUUGCUGUAUAAGCAAAUGCUCUGCGAUGGCAUUUCCCCUAAUUGUCUCACUUUUCCGUUCCUUGUAAAAGAAUGCACGAGUAGGCUUGAUGGCGGCACAGGCCGGAGUUUCCAUGCACAAGUCGUUAAGUAUGGGCUCGACAAUGAUGUUUUUAUUCAAAAUUCGUUGAUUGGUAUGUACUCUGCAUGUGGGUUUCUGAAUAGUGCACGUACAUUGUUUGAUGAAAUGUUGGAAAGGGAUGUUGUUUCAUGGAACUCGAUGAUUAAGGCAACGAAUCUGUUUGGGAAGAUGAACAAGAGAAACAUUAUUACUUGGAAUUCCAUGAUUACUGGGUUUUUAUCAAGGUGGUCAGCCAUGGAACUUUUCCAUGAAAUGCAGAUCACCAGUGGUGAUAUGGUUAGGCCGAAUAAGAUCACAAUUGCCAGUGUCCUUGUCGCUUUGUGCUCAUCUGGGUGCAUGGGUAUCUGA